CCCUCUCUCUCGUUUUCUUGUUCCCUCCCUCCUCCACCUUCUAAUUUCUGUCAGCACCGAGCACAGCUAGAGGGAGAGAGGAGGAGAUGGCGGUGGCUGAGACACAGCUGUAUGCGAAGGUGUCCAACAAACACAGGAGCAAAAGCCCCUCUGCACUCCUCGAGUCUCUACUGGCCAGAGGAUUCCCAGCUCACAUCGCGCAAAAAGCCUUGGUUGCCACUGGUCAAAAGUCAGUAGAAGAUGCUGCAAAAUGGUUGCACUCUCACUGCAAUGAUCCCUCCUUGGAUGACCCAAUCCCCCAGGAGUAUGCUCUUUAUUUGUGCCCCACUGGCCACUUACAUAACUGCCUGCAGGAGUUCUGGAAGGAGAGCAAGCGCCAGUGUGGGAAAAACAGAGCCCAUGAGAUUUUCCCUCACAUCACACUCUGCGACUUCUUCACGUGUGAAGACCAGAAAGUGGAGUUACUGUAUGACAUCUUAAAGCAAAUCUGCAACAGCUUUGCACAGAGAUUUCCGCCAACUAUUUCCCUAUCACUACACUCAUCCACCAGCUACCUUGGUUUCUUUGUUGGUGACAGCCACGCAAAUAUCCUCAAAGAGUUUGCUGUGGCCUUCUCUUCAGAGGCUUCAGCCCUGGCAGACUGUCACGUGAAGCCCUGCCUAAAGCAGCUCCACCUUACCUUGGCUCACAAGUUCUGUCCUCACCACCAGAAGACUCUGGAACAACUCGCCAAAUGCAUUAACCCAGGGGAGACCUGCCACUGGGUAGCUGCUCUCUAUUCAAGGGACAUGCGUUUUGUGCAUUACCAGACGCUGAGGGCUCUCUUCCAGUACAAGCCCCAGAAUAUUGACGAGCUCAUGAUCAAUGCUGGGGACUUCAUCUACGUCAACCCAACGCAGCAAUCCGUUGUCAGUGAAGGCUGGGUCAUCGGAACCUCGCACCAGACUGGGUGCAGGGGUUUUCUUCCUGAAAACUACACAGAGAGAGCCAACGAGUCAGACACAUGGGUUAAGCACAGGGAAUAUACUUUUGUGCCAGCUUCAAAAUUUUUCACCCAAGCUGCAAAUGAACCUAAUGUUAGGCUGAAUGGAGAAGUUCAUAAUCCUGUUAUGUCAAUGAGUGUAACCAAUGUUCUUUCACUUCAGCUUUCUCAGAACACCAACCUGCGAAGAGGUGUGCUGGUGAUGCGCCAUGGGGAGAGAGUUGAUCAGGUCUUUGGGAAAUCUUGGCUUCAACAGUGCUUAACUGCAGAUGGAAAAUACUACAGAGCAGACCUCAACUUUCCUUCCACCCUACCGAAACGGAAGGACAGCGUGAAGCAUUUUGAGCACGAUCCUCCUUUAUCUUCCUGUGGUGUUUUUCAGUCAAGACUUACAGGGGAAGCUCUGCUGGACCAGGAGGUGACAGUCAGCUAUGUGUACUCAUCUCCUGCCCUCCGCUGCAUACAGACAGCCCAACAUGUGCUGCAAGGGCUUAAAUUAGACCAAAAAGUCAAAAUCAGGGUGGAACCAGGACUGUUUGAAUGGACCAAGUGGGAAGCAAGCAGAGUGAUUCCAAACUUUAUGACUCUCGCGGAACUGACAGAGGCUUCCUACAACAUAGAUACAAGUUACAGGGGAAACAUCCCACUCUCUUCUCUGGUGCCGUCAGAAAGUUAUGAAGAAUAUGUAAGCAGAAGCUCUGCAGCUAUAAAAGAGAUCGUCACUGCCUGCCCCAACAAAGGUGUCAUCCUCAUCGUGGGGCAUGGCUCCUCCUUGGCAUCUUUUACCCGCCCUCUGGUAGGACUCCCUGCCAGAGAGAGCAGUGACUUUGCCCAGGUGGUCCGAAAGAUCCCUUCGCUGGGCAUGUGUUUCUGUGAAGAGCUCAAAGAGGAGAAGAAAUGGCUGAUGGUUAACCCUCCAGUGAAGACAUUAACUCAUGGAGCAAAUGCAGCAUUUAACUGGAGAAAUAGUAUCAUGGAAGAUUAGAAGGCCAGCUUUGUCCUUGCAGCUGCCAAAACCAAGGUGAAGACAGCUUAUGGUACAGCACAGUCCAGUGAUUCAUCUAGAAAAGCUAGAGUGGAUGGGAGUCAUCCUCUCUGAGUAGUCAAAGCACAGGAAGCAGUUUGGUGCCUGAACUUUGCUUUCUUUUCAGUAACUGAGAAAAAAAACAUAGGACCUGGCAUACAAGAGAGCAAAUUCUAUUGCUAAAGGCACUCUAGUAGACAUUAUUGCAUCUUCCAAGACCAAAACACAGCCAGUUCAGAUACAGUAAAAAUUACUUGUUUCAUGCACUUGUAUAUUUUCAGACAGGCAGAGAAAUAGAGACUGAAAAAAAGCCAUCUCCUAUCCAGAGAGAUCAGCUCUACCUAAAGCCAGUUGGUUUCCUGUUGACUCCUCCAGUUCUGCAAGAACACCAUACAGACAACAUGUUUAUCUCUUCUACAAAGUGGGUUCAUUUUCCACCACAGCAGUUCUCCUGCUCAGUGUUUCCACAGUGAUCUGUGUUGCAAAAAGGGUUUUCCUUCAGAGAAAAUCGAACCAAUUGCUUUAGUGUUACUGGGGCAAACAAAGAUUCCCUGUGUUACUGUACUGGUGACAAAACCUUGAUGUGAGCAACUCUAACUGCUGAACACUUCCUGAGAUGGCACUGGUAGGACAACAGCUAUGCUUUGUGCUGUUCUGUGCCCAAUCACAUAUAUGGUGACAAACUGACAGAUGCGUUGUCUGACUGGUCUCUGUAGCUCUUUGCUUGGUUAUUUGUUUGAUUAAAGUGUACUCCCAACAUUUUAUGCACAAACAGGAAUAUGCCUUUACAGGGCCAUGUCAAGCUUCUUAUCCAAAUGAUCCUCUCAGAUAACUGCCUCUGGGAAAGCAUAAGUUUUUCUUUCAAGGAAAGGAGAAAACCUGAGGCUUCACUUUCUGUCUUUAUAUGACUAAGAAAACGGUCUUGUUAUCACUCUUGUUCUCCCUCUUCUUUCUUGAUAGAUCUUUCUCGACACCUCUUUGCACAUGUGCCUAUAGCAUGAGGGCACACAGUGGAGCCCAUCCAACACCUGAGUUGUGGGGCAUUCACCAAGCACCCUUAACAGGAGCAUGGAGAUCUCCUUUCUCAGUCUUGCACCUGAAAUUAUUCAUUUUAUCUUCCCAAAUCUGGCAAGGGUGCUUGGGCUCCUGUUUUUGUUAACAGUUUUGGACACCAAGGGGUCAGGAGUGGCCUGGGAUGAGGACCUGGCCCUGGGCAUAUCAUUCUCUGGUGCUUCCGGCUUCAUUUUAGUCAAAGCAUCAGCUGCCACUUCAUGGUUCUCCCAUGGGGUCUUCCUCUCUGUGAAUGCCAUUGUUUUGGUGAGAUUUAUUCUGAUUUCACCAAGUGAUUGCAAGCCGUACAACAGGUGCAACUGGAGAAGAUGUGAGGCCAGAGCUGCCACUGCAGGCUGAAGCCCCAGUGUAAGAGGGUGGUGCCUGGGGCUCCAACUGAGUAUGUGUAGCACCAAGGUUGUGAUGGUGUUGGCGUGGGCUUCUGAGUUGAGCUUUUUUCUAGCAAUACAGCCUCUGGAUGGAGAACUGGCUCUGUUUUAACACAUGGGAGCAGCUAUUCUCUUUUUGCCCCAAAGACAGCUGGAGGGCUUCUCAGCCUGUGUCUCAGGCCUCAGCGCAUCUGCCUUGGGGCGAUCCCUCCUCCCUGUGUGAAAAGAAAUGCAGGCAAAUGGCAGGCUGGACCUUUCUCCUCCAGUGCAACACAUACUUGUGCAUGGCAUAAGGGGGGAGGCCUUGUACUCAGUGGCACAUCCAACAACACUGUUUGGAGCCAAAUAAAAGGCCAGGUGAGGAUAAGGAUGGGCAGGAGCAAUGUUAGUGCUCUCAGUUCAUGUGGCAAAGGAAAAAGCUCACUGCUGAAAUGGCACCUGUACCUUCCUUUAAAAUGAUAAAACACAAAACAACACCUUUCUCUUCAUCCAGCAGCAUGAGAUGCAUUUUCCGUGUGGCUCCACUGGAGCAGUGACCUGCAGGUAUGGUGUCUUCCUGUUUCUUUGAACAGUUCUCUUGUGCUUUUACCACUGCAUACAACAUACCAAAGAAAUACUUUACUUUGCUUUUCACACCUCUCCACCUGCAGAAUACUUCUAACAGACAGUUUAUUACUCUCCAGCCCUAUCAAUGUUAGUAAGUUCUUAUCUGAAAGAAGUGUGUUGCAGGCUGCUUGGCAGGGCAGGUAGGGGCAUGGGGGUAGAAUUCAACCAGUUUACCCAAUUCUGACAUGCAAAGAGCCCUCAGAGCACUAACACCCCCAUUUGCGAACCAAAUAUGCUUGGUAGGAAGGUCAUUAAGACAUUUGAACAACAAAAAAAAGGACAGUGUAUUGUUUUUCACUACACAUGCACUCCAAUAAUUUUGAAUUUGGAGAAUGCAGUGAAUUAAACUUCAGAGCGUGUGGGAAAGAGGGUUUGAGAACUUAAAUAUUUUUCUUGUGGUGUUUUCUAAACCACAUACUGCACCGCUGAGCCGAUGAGAAGAAAUGCUUUGUUGCAAAAUACUCUUUAACUUAUACAGACUUCUUUAUUUCAACCAUUGAAAUUAACUGAACAGAGUGAACAGGCAGCAGAAAUGGCAACUGUAUCCCAGGCUCAAUAAAAGGGCAAGGACAAGCUUUUCUAUUCAGAAGGUCUCCCAUUUGAGCUUUCCUGAGACCCCAUAUGAGCACAGACUCACUUCCAAAAAACAUUUUGUAGGAUCAGAAAAUUAUAUCUUUCUUCUACAACCUACAAUCUAAGAAUCUACAAGGAUUUUAUUUGUAAAAACUAGUGCUCAGAAAGGAGACAGAAUUCCUGAUGGGAUGCAUUCAUCAUAUGAAAUGAACUGCUGAACACAGGUAAAAUGAAGAAAAUGCCCUCAGAAGCUUUGGAUUUUUUUUUUUGUAGUAAGCAAAAGAAAUGGAAAAUCCCUUUGCCGUUUCUUGGUUUUUAUGCAGCUUCAAAAUUAGAUAUUACUUUACCCCAUUGUAAUUUUCCUUAGUUGGAUCUAUUUCAUUACAUAGUUGUGUACUUUAACAGAUACUUCUAGUAGCACAUAGAGGAUUUGAAUGUUUUGCUUAUUUCUUAAAAACUGAACAUGUAAAUUCUUUUCAUAAAGACGUACAGUGAAGUUAAUCUGUGGUGACACCUUGUGGGAAAACAAAACAUCAGCCUCACAUGCCUACAUAGGAUCUUUAGGUGUGAUUGAAGGAAGGGGAGGAGGGAAGUGACAUAUAUUGUUUUUCAACAAGAAUGAGGAGCACUCAACUAAUCACUCCUCCCAUACUCUUUCAAAAGACAAUAACAAAGAAAUUAAUCAUUUAAUAAUGAUUUUAAGCACACAACUUGAAGAGACACUUGAGUCUAGUUCUUUGGAAAUGCAGGAGAGGAGCAAAUCUGUGGUGUCUGUCCUGAUUUUUCCAAAGCCUUUUGCCAGCAUUGAUAUUUGUUCAAAGUGAAUGUGAAAAUCUGUUGACUCAGAACAGUAGUUAUUUCCGUUCUCCUUGCACCAUUUGAAGUCAUCAAGCAUUGAUUAAAGCAGUCAGGUAGAUUUUUGACUGUCUUGGAAGAUUUAUUACUGAAAUACUCUGGAGCACAGGGAUAAUUUUUGAAAAGAUUGAAUGCAGCAGUUUUUGGUGGAUCUGUCCUUCAUCUUUUAGUGCUUUUAUUAAUGGAUGAUUAAAAAUUAAACUGUUCGUGCCUCUUUGGACUUGGGAACAGCAAAAAAGCUUUGAACAAACAGAAUAUUGUUCUAUGGUGCAUAGGAAGGAGUUAGUGAAUCAUCAAAUUUUACAGUCCAGCUUUUUGUGGAGAUCUGAUACCUGUCACGAAGGGUCUGGAGAGGCCAUUUAACUCUAACGUCUGGUUUAGGACUGUGUGUAGUGUCUAUAUCCUUCAGCAAUAUUCUGGCUUUUAACCGUAACAUCAAAGUAAUUACUGCGUGAAGCUUGAGAAGCUUAUAACUAGUCUAGGAUUCGCAGUUCUUAUUGUUUCUUCCACGUCUUGUGGAGGAAACCUCCCGGUGGGUCUUGCAGACUCCCUCUUUGCCUGAGCCCAGGACUUUUUCUGCGAAGCAAAUUCCCAGUAGCCUGCUGUGUUCAAAAGUAGCUUCAGCAUCUUGUGGCAGCAGUAACUGUCCAUUCACCUGUUCUAUUCCAUUUCUGCAGUUCACAGAAUCAUAGAAUCAUAGAAUGGUUUGCACUGGAAGGGACCUUUAAGACUGGGACAGCAUAGGCUAGUCAAUCCACUAACCCAUCUGCAAGGCCAUGUCCACUAAGACAGAUGUUCUCAGAUCUCUUUCAGAGCCUGCCAAUCUUGUUUUGAUAUUCUCACUCUUUACUUAAGCUUCUGUACUGCCCAAAAGGGAAUCAAACAUCCAUAUUUUUAUCUGCAUUCAUUUGGUAGGUUUGCGUUUUAACAUGAACCUUCAAAUCUCUGGCCCCAAUUAAGCAAUGGGCCAGAACAGUUCGGAUGACAAAUAGAGAAAGCAGUUUAAAAGCUGUGGUAAAGUCCAGAACAGCCCAGUCUCUUUUGUGAGAAGGCAACAUAGGAGCACACUCUCCAGACUGGCCUGGGAACAAAGACAACUGGUAGGUUCAUUGGGGCUUAUCUUGGAGAUCAGGCCCAGUGGAUGACUUAUGGGUUCGUCCUACCUCAUUUUGUGCUACCAUGACAAACUCUCAGGUUAAAUAAUUAACUUAGUGGCUAUUUCUCCAUGCUCUUUUCAGUUGAAGGGGAAAAAAAUUGUGGGCUCCUGCCAGAGGGAACUCAUGAGAGCUUUACUGUCCUGAGGCUGAUGGGGUGGGAAAACCCUGCAAGAGAGCACAAGGCUGUUACCCUGUGCCAACAUUUUACAAGCCAAGAAUGUCUUGUAGCACAAAGUCAGCGUGGAAUACCUGUGUAGACAUAGCCUCUGCAUGCUCUCUUGGAAGAAACCUGUGCAAAACCUCCAGCUAGCAUCUUCCUGAGCUUCCUUUUACUCUUGGUAAGGAAACUCAGGAUGCAGCAUCUCCUACCUCUAAGGACACAAAAAAUAAAAGCAAGAGCAUGAUGAUAAAAACAUUCAACCCAACUCCCCCAAAGGUGCCUCCUUAAUGGAACUAUUUGUGUAAUUAAAUGUUUGGAAAACAAGAGCUUAAAUCUGAAGCACUUUGGUGCUCAUAUUUUGCUGGAGGAGAAAAGCAAAUAGAGAUGCUGGUAACAUGCAAAUAUUUUCUAAUCCGCAGCAGGGAUUUCUGUUGCAAAUUUGUUUAUGUAAAUCACCAAUCCAGUUUUGACAGUACACAUUAAAAAUAUAAUGACUUUAUUUCUAUCUUUUAGAGCUCAUUUUACCCUGUUUUUUUUUUAGCUGCUAAGAUACCAUUUCCCAGGUGUCUGUGAGGUUUCUCUUGUUACCUGUGGGCUUGAACACUGAAUAAAUAAUACACAAAAUGGAAACCAUAUGCAAUAUAACCUAUUUAUAUUAAAAGCUUAUUCAAAAUAAGCUUGUUGAAGCAUCAGUCCUUUAAAAAAUACAGUUAGCUAUAUGCAUUUAAGAAAUGGGGCUUUAUGAUCACACAGAGAACUUGUGUCAGAAAUUGUUAAUUUACUAUACCUCAUGGCGUUCAAUUUAACAUCAUCUGCUACACCAUUGUACUUGAGGAAGGUUCAGAAAUUGUACAGCACUUGAAAGUAACUGUGCUAUUUUAAAAGCCUCUGAAGAGCCAUUUGUGUAAAUGCCUCUGCCAGUGAAAAUCUCUGUGAUUUUGUAGAUUGGAAAAUGCAUCAUAAACAAUUGCUCUCCUUCAUGAAUGGAGCCAUGCCAUGUAUUCUGAAGAAUAAGGAAUGUACUUACAAAUUUAUUUUAUGUCUGUGUUUCUCAUUUUAUGUACACAACAACAUUUCAGAUUCUCUAGUUUUCUGUGCUCUUCUGCAGGGAUAAAAGGCGAAACACCAUCUUCUUUGCUAUAGUUUCACUUUUCACUUGCCCACAUGGUUCAGCAGUGAUUUGUGCAGAGAUCUUAGUGUCCAUGCCAAACAUGGAUAGACACUCUCAGCUUAGAACAAUGCUGACAUUUUUGACUUUCAUUAAUAAUAGCAUCAAUUAGCUCAGGCACAGCUUGGUACUAAUGUGGCUACUACUUUGGAACCUUUAUUACCUGCAAAGCACUCUAGCAUUCUUGGUGAAUAUAAGAGUUAACACAGCCUUUCUGAAGCCAUGUCCGGUUAAGUCUCUUAGGGAAACGUGUUACAAAUAGUGUCUUUGCUGAGCCUACUGGCUGAACAGGGAAGGCCACCAAAGACCCUUUGAAGAGGACAUCACCUUUUGGAGCAUGUAUGUGGGUAAAUUGUUGGCAGUCUUUUAAUACUUCAAGGGGGACUCAUUAGAAGGAGAGCAAGAAACCUUUUUCAAAGGCGUGUAGUAAUAGAACAAGGGAUAACAGUUUAAAGCCAAAAGAGAGUAGAUCAAGAUUAGAUAUAAGGAAGAAAUUCUUUACUCUGAGAAUGGUAAGGCACAGGCACAGGCUGCCCAGAGAAACUGUGGAUGCCCUGUCACUGGCACUGUUCAAGAUCAGGUUGGACUGGGCUCUUGGCAGUCAGGUCUGGGGGAAGGUGUUGCUGCCCAUGGCAGGAGGGUUGGAGCUAGAUGGUCUUUAAUGUCCCUUCUAACUCAAACCAUUUUUUGAUUAUAUGCAAUUAUAAAAGCAAUUUCAUGCCUCCUUGCAUUUUUCCCCUAACAUUUGAUUUCUAACAUUGUUUCUAAUUUGGUAAGAUUCUCCAGGUUGAAUAUGUUUGAAAAGUAAAUGGCCAGUUAAAAAAUAAAUAAAACAACAACUACAGCAACAAAACACAAAAUGCCUUACUUUCACUGUUUAAAAAAAUACUGGCCCUUGAAAAGAGAAAAAAAAGAGCCCCUAGAAUAGAGGAAACAUGUGUGCUCAAAUUCUACUGUGUGUGAAGGCUUUUUAGGAGAGGAAAGGCCCAGAUACUGCAAGAUUUCCCUCCUGCAGACCCUCAAAUUUAAAAGGAAGUUAGGAUUUAUAAAAUUAGGCAGAAAGUAUGUUUCCUACAACUUGUGUCUAUAGAGCAUACCACCCUGGAAAAUUAAUUUCCUCUGGAUAAAGUGGAUGAAAAAGGAAAAAUUGAAUGACUUGA